GAAACCGAAAGUCGAAAGUCGUCUGCUCGUCUGCCAGCGACGCCUCCGCCGAGGGGCACGCACGCAGUGUUUUUUGUUGUUGUUGUUUGUUAGUGACACACUUCGGCUCCGAUGGAGUCAACGGAGGCUGUUGUCACUGGAACCUGCCAGUUCAUGUGUCCUGUUCAUGAACGAAUGAUGCGGGAAAGAGAAGGAUUGCUUCACCCUCUUGAAAUGCAGAGCUGCAUCGGUGAGAGUGGGCCCCAGAAAUUCAGAAAAGCCGAUCCUGGGACGACCGUGAAAGAGUUCUCCCGUCCUGCGGCUGGACGACACGAUUCGGAGCCCGCUGACCUACGGCCCGCCCCGGUUCUGAAAGAGACGACGACCUAUUUAUUUGAGAAAAUCGUGCCCCUGGACCACCCAGCCUGGAGCAGCGUGUACGAGUUUGUGUUUGACCGUCUGCGGUCAGUGCGGCAGGACAUGGUCAUCCAGGGCAUCUCCGGCCCGGACGCCAUCCAGCUCCUGGAGCAGAUUGUCCGCUUCCAUCUGUACGCCGCAUACAGACUAAGAGACGCGGACAUUUCAUCGUUUGACCCUGUGAUAAACAAACAACAUUUACUGGAGUGUCUGAAACGUUUGCUCUAUCUCUACCAGACGGCGGCCUUUACUGCGAAGGUGCUUUGAGAUCAACACCAGUUUUGUGCUGCGUAACUACCAGCGAUGUCUGCGUCUGAUCAUGGGUCUGGACUCACCUCUCUGUCUGCUGGCAGUCAACCCGCACCUGCACAACCUACGCGUCAACUACCUGCAGAUCCUGUCAUCUGGCUACAGCGUGAAGAACUGCCGCUACCCCAUGCGGCAGUUACAGAACGUCCUUCACCUUGAGGGCAGUGACGCUGUGGUCAGUCUGUGUUCCCAGUGCUGCCUCCUUGACCUCUUUGACCGGCCCGACAGCGACAGCGUCUGCUUCAGCAAAACUGCUUUCCGCAGGCCGGAGAAGUUAGGGCCUCCCUCCGGUCUCGCCACGUUGGAUCGUCUGCUGGCCAGGUGCUCUGUGUCGUCGCUGCUGAGAGGUCCUGCUGCCAAGUUGGCCGGUGUGACGACCCAGGGGAAGGAUGGUGUGGGGAGGGGCAGGGGGCGGGGUAGGGGGAGGGGCCGGGCACGGAGAAAGAAUGAGGAGGAGACGUGA